CCAUCCACCACCCCAUCCCCAUCCACCACCCUAUCCCCAUCCACCACCCCAUCCCCAUCCACCACCCCAUCCCCAACCACCACCCCAUCCCCAACCACCACCCCAUGCCCAUCCACCACCCCAUCCCCAUCCCCAUCCACCACCCCAUCCCCAUCCAACACCCUAUCCCCAACCACCACCCCAUCCCCAACCACCACCCCAUCCCCAACCACCACCCUAUCCCCAUCCACCACCCCAUCCCCAUCCACCACCCCAUCCCCAUCCACCACCCCAUCCCCAACCACCACCCCAUCCCCAACCACCACCCCAUCCCCAACCACCACCCCAUCCCCAUCGCCAACCACCACCCCAUCGCCAACCACCACCCCAUCCCCAACCACCACCCCAUCCCCAUCCCCAUCCACCACCCCAUCCCCAACCACCACCCCAUCCCCAACCACCACCCCAUCCCCAUCCACCACCCCAUCCCCAUCCACCACCCCAUCCCCAUCCACCACCCCAUCCCCAUCCACCACCCCACCCCCAACCACCACCCCAUCCCCAACCACCACCCCAUCCCCAUAUACCACCCCAUCCCCAUCCACCACCCCAUCCCCAUCCCCACACACCACCCCAUCCCCAACCACCACCCCAUCCCCAUCCACCACCCCAUCCCCAUCCACCACCCCAUCCCCAACCACCACCCCAUCCCCAUCCACCACCCCAUCCCCCACCCCAUCCCCAACCACCACCCCAUCCCCAUCCACCACCCCAUCCCCAUCCCCAUACACCACCCCAUCCCCAUCCACCACUCUAUCCCCAUCCACCACCCCAUCCCCAUCCACCACCCCAUCCCCAUCCACCACCCCAUCCCCAACCACCACCCCAUCCCCAACCACCACCCCAUCCCCAUCCACCACCCCAUCCCCAUCCACCACCCCAUCCCCAACCACCACCCCAUCCCCAACCACCACCCCAUCCCCAUCCACCACCCCAUCCCCAUCCACCACCCCAUCCCCAUCCACCACCCCAUCCCCAAAAACCACCCCAUCCACAUCCACCACCCCAUCCCCAACCACGACCCCAUCCCCAACCACCACCCCAUCCCCAUCCACCACCCUAUCCCCAUCCACCACCCCAUCCCCAACCACCACCCCAUCCCCAACCACCACCCCAUCCCCAUCCACCACCCCAUCCCCAUCCACCACCCCAAACCCUGCCCCAUCCCCAUCCACCACCCCAUCCCCAUCCACCACCCCAUCCCCAACCACCACCCCAUCCCCAUCCACCACCCCCACCCCAACCCCAUCCCCAUCUACCACCCCAAACCCAUCCCCAACCACCACCCCAUCCCCAUCCACCACCCCAUCCCCAUCCACCACCCCAUCCCCAACCACCACCCCAUCCCCAACCACCACCCCAUCCCCAUCCACCACCCCAUCCCCAUCCACCACCCCAUCCCCAUCCACCACCCCAUCCCCAACCACCACCCCAUCCCCAUCCACCACCCCAUCCCCAACCACGACCCCAUCCCCAACCACCACCCCAUCCCCAUCCACCACCCUAUCCCCAUCCACCACCCCAUCCCCAACCACCACCCCAUCCCCAACCACCACCCCAUCCCCAUCCACCACCCCAUCCCCAUCCACCACCCCAAACCCUGCCCCAUCCCCAUCCACCACCCCAUCCCCAUCCACCACCCCAUCCCCAACCACCACCCCAUCCCCAUCCACCACCCCAUCCCCAUCCACCACCCCAUCCCCAACCACCACCCCAUCCCCAUACACCACCCCAUCCCCAUCCCCAAACACCACCCCAUCCCCAUCCACCACCCCAAACCCAACCCCAUCCCCAUACACCACCCCAACCCCAUCCCCAUAUACCACCCCAAACAAAUCCCCAUACACCACCCCAACCCCAUCCCCAUCUACCACCCCAAACCCAUCCCCAUACACCACCCCAAACCCAACCCCAUCCCCAUACACCACCCCAUCGCAAAUCCUAGCAAAUCUUAAACCUACUUGA